AAAUUAAAUAAUACUGGAAUGGUGUAGGUCCGAAACCAAAUAAUCACUGUAGAAUGAUAACUCGUGGAAGUAACUCAAAGCUCCUAUAAAACCAUCUUUCUGAUCAUCAGAUUUAGAUCACACUCCCAAAGCGUCAACAUAAAGUUAGGCAAAAACACAAAAAUACACACAAACCCAAAAAAGUAAGAGAGAGAGAAAGAGAGAUGGAGAGUUUCCCGAUCAUCAAUCUCGAGAAGCUUUGUGGAGAAGAGAGAGGAAUCACGAUGGAGAAGAUCAAAGACGCUUGUGAAAACUGGGGAUUCUUUGAGUGUGUGAAUCAUGGGAUUCCACACGAGCUACUGGACAGAGUGGAGAAGAUGACGAAAGAACACUACAAGAAGUGUAUGGAAGAGAGAUUCAAGGAAUCCAUUAAGAACAGAGGACUCGACUCUGUUCAGUCUGAAGUCAACGACGUCGACUGGGAGUCAACUUUCUACCUUAAGCACCUUCCUGUCUCCAAUAUCUCCGAUGUCCCGGAUCUCGACGACGAUUACAGGACGUUGAUGAAAGAGUUCGCCGGAAAGAUAGAGAAGUUGUCGGAGGAGCUACUGGAUCUGCUUUGCGAGAAUCUCGGAUUGGAGAAGGGUUAUCUGAAAAAGGUGUUUUACGGUUCGAAAAACCCGACGUUUGGAACCAAAGUGAGCAACUAUCCACCAUGUCCUAAACCGGAUCUAAUCAAGGGGCUCCGGGCCCACACCGACGCCGGCGGCAUCAUCCUCCUCUUUCAGGACGACAAAGUCAGUGGACUUCAGCUCCUUAAGGACGGCGAGUGGGUCGAUGUUCCUCCGGUUAAGCAUUCAAUCGUCGUUAAUCUCGGUGAUCAACUUGAGGUGAUAACCAAUGGGAAGUACAAGAGCGUGGAGCAUAGAGUGAUAUCACAAACGGACGGAGAAGGACGAAUGUCGAUCGCAUCGUUCUACAAUCCGGGAAACGACUCGGUUAUUUUUCCGGCACCGGAGUUGAUCGGAAAAGAUUCGGUGAAGGAGAAGAAGGAGAAUUAUCCAAAAUUCGUGUUCGAAGAUUACAUGAAACUCUAUUCUGCUGUAAAGUUUGAGGCCAAGGAACCGAGGUUUGAAGCCAUGAAAGCUAUGGAGACAACCGUGGCCAACAAUGUUGGGCCAUGGGCCACUGCUUGAAUAAAUAUAACCUAUUAAUAAGUUAGUAGUAUUAUAUAGUCUUUAUAUGAUUUUCGUAGAAACUUUUAAGAUGCGAAUAAUUUUAUUUAUGUGGUGUGUGUUGUUAUACUUUUUAAUAAAUAUUUGUUGUUUGUAAAGUUA